CCAUAGCUGCCCUCCUACUCCGGUCCAACGUCUACGCCGCCGGCUCCGCGCCACCGACAUGGCCGAUGUAGAAGACGGCGAGGAACCCGGCGUCAUCUCCUCUCACUCCGGGAGCGGAGGCUCCAAGUCAGGGGGUGACAAAAUGUUCUCGCUUAAGAAGUGGAACGCGGUGGCUAUGUGGAGCUGGGACGUGGAGUGCGAUACAUGCGCCAUCUGCCGGGUCCAGGUGAUGGAUGCCUGUCUUAGAUGUCAAGCUGAAAACAAACAAGAGGAUUGUGUUGUGGUCUGGGGGGAAUGUAAUCAUUCCUUCCACAACUGCUGCAUGUCCCUGUGGGUGAAACAGAACAAUCGCUGCCCCCUUUGCCAGCAGGACUGGGUGGUCCAAAGAAUCGGCAAAUGA